AUGGACAAGGCAAAGGCAGCAAUCACCGAGUUCAUGUCCAGGUCUGGUCACCAUGACACCACCGUACACGAGGCAGUUGCUCCCGCUGUGCAUCACGAGGUCGUGAAGCCUCACGUACACGAGGAGGUCAACACUGCCAUCGACAAGGAGGUUCACCAAGAUCACUACCACCGCACCAUCCAGCCAGUCUAUGACCGCGAGGUCCUCCCUGAGACGCACACUGCCAAGCUCGGAGCAGUCCAACACCGCGAGUUCGACCACCGUGACGCCGAUGCGACUAAGAGAGCCCUUGUCCAAGACCAGGCCCGCUUCGCUGAUGAGAGGCGCGUCGAGGAAACCACCCACAGCCAGAGUGUUGCUCCCACCAUUGGUGGAGAGCACGUUCACCACCACAUCCACGAGACCAUCCAGCCGGUAGUCCAAAAGGAGACUAUCCAGCCAAACGUGGUCCACACCACCGUCCCAAUCCACGAGGUCCACCACAACAAGGCCACUCACCAUGAGACUACCUCUCUGCCUACCAUGACCAUGGAGCAGUUCAAGGCCACGGGUGGAUCCCUCCAUGGUCGUGAGGAGCGCUACGACGAGUUUGAGGGUGCUCCCAAGAGCAUCGGAGGUGCCGGUAUUCUUGCUAGCACCGAGGGACUUGUGCACAAGAAGCACCACGACCACACCGCAGCCCGCCAUGGCGACUACGAAACCCGUAACCCCUUGGACCGCAACAAUGACGGCAAGGUCGACAUGCAUGACCUCUCCUCCAAAAACCGCUCUCACGAGUAUGGCACUGCUGGCGCUGUUGGCACUGCGGGUGUCGUUGGUGCUGCUGGCGCCCACAAGACCAGCAACCCUCUGGACCGUAACAACGAUGGAAAGGUCGACAUGCACGAUAUGGCUAAGAACCGUCCCACUGACCAAGCCAUGGUUGGCUCUACUGGUGCCUACAAGACCAGCAACCCUCUGGACCGCAACAACGACGGAAAAGUCGAUGCCCACGACAUGACCAAGAAUGGUUCUGUUAGCUCCUCUAGCUCUGCUGGUAGGAACAGCGACUUGAUUGAUCCCUCCCGCAACAAGCACGAAGGCGCUACAGGUACGAAGGAGUCCCACGGAAAAGCACAUGGUGUCAGCGACGAGGGCAAUCUGGAUCACCGUCCCAACGAGGACGGCCACUUGCCCAAAGCUCUCAUUGAGCCCGUCUCCAAAGCCAUUCCCCAUUCCCAAGCCGCUGAAGAAGAACUGAAAGAAUUACCACGAAACAAAGGCCAACAUUAG